GCGAGGAAAACAUUCCGGCUUAAUGUUGGAAAAUAGAAAUGCAAGCUGUUCGUGGAAAACUACCUCCAAUAUGAGUAUUUACUGCUGACAGAUAGCUACUUACUUUUCUACUGAACAGUUUUCAGAAUGUGCCUCCUUUUGGGACCGCAAGGUGCUGGUAAAACGCUGUUGCUGAGGAGACUCCAUACCUAUCUUAAUAUAAAGGACCAGGAUCCCCUUGGAGGGUCUCAAGCAACCAUACCUACAGCGGGGACCAAUCUGGUGGACGUGUUGGUGACAAAGAAACAGGAAGUGGUUGUGAGGGAGAUGGGUGGAAUCAUGAGUCCAAUAUGGCCUAAAUAUAUAAAGGACUGUUCAACUUUAAUGUUUAUGGUGGACAUGUCUAACCGAUUGCAAGUGGCCGCAGGUUGUAUCCUGCUUCUGACCACCCUCAGUGACCGGUCACUUGUCACAGACAAGGUCCUCAUCCUGCUCAACAAAAUAGAUCUGCCGACCUGUAUGAGUAGAUUUGAAUUUGAGUCACUGUUCCGACUGGAUGACGUCUUAAAACAGUCAAAGCUGCAGGUGAGCGUGAUUGAAGUGAGUGCCCACACAGGACAGGGACUAGGUGACGUGCUCGACUGGUUAGCACACAACACCACAGGAGAGGCCAGCUGAUGUUCACCAUUGUAGAAUGUUACCUUCAUUAUUUUAUAUCAAAAUCAGUUAGAUGUAGAUAGUUCCUAAUAAGGAGUCACUUAAGUUCUUUCUGUUUGUGUUAAAAUGACUACCCACAUAGGUUUUGGUGAUUUGAUCCAGACUAAAAUUUGUUUUAAGUUACUUCAUGUCAAAUAUUGUACUGUAUACAGUUGAGUUCAUAAUGAAGAGAAACCAAGAUUUUACCUGAUAAAUACUGUGUUUUAUUUAAUGCAGUUGGAUAUAAAUAAAAAAAAUUCCUUAUUGAUCAGUUAAAGUAGUUACAGAUAGGACGGAUAGGUUACUUUAAUAUCUUGGUUGAAACAUUUGUUACUUUUAUUUUAAUGGUAAAUUAGGAAAAAACAGAUUAAUAUGAUGAAAUGUUUAAAAAUUCAGAAAAUGAGUAAUUAUACUGAAAAGAGCACUUAGCAUUUUUAUUGAUAAAAAUAACCUUAGUUUUCAAAAACAAAUAAUUCAGAAAAUAAACUGACGAAUUUCAUUUAACUUACUCUCAAACUACACUUAUCAGCAAUGCAAACAUUAGGUAUUAUCUUAGAAAUAUGUAAGCUGUUUUGCAAGGAAAUUAGAAAUAUAAAAUUUCCUCUGUAUUUCUGAUUUUUUUUUAUAAUUAUCUCCCUUAUCUGAAAAAAAUAAAUAAAAAAAUGUGCACAUUCAAACUAAACUUAAGCUUCAUGAAAUCAGAAGGCCACAGUGGUAACCAUUUAACCAGGAAUCACAUCUACGAUGCAUAUGGAAAGAAGUUGUACUUAACAUUUUUGCUAGGCGGCAUGGUAGUCUAGUGGUACGUGGUUGGGCAGUGCUAGAAUUGUAGAAUGCUAGCUGUGAGCGCCGAAAUGGCAGCA